CGCGAUUUUGCAACCUCGACCAACUGCACAACACCGUCUCGACAAUUACCCCCAACACACAACAUUCGCCAUGGGUCACGCCGCCGGUCUUCGCGCAGGUACGCGCUAUGCGUUCUCGAGGGAUUUCAAGAAGAAGGGAAUGAUCCCUCUCUCGACCUACCUCCACCAGUACAAGGUCGGUGACAUCGUCGACGUCGUUGCCAAUGGUGCCGUCCAGAAGGGUAUGCCUUACAAGGUCUACCACGGAAAGACUGGUAUCGUCUACAACGUGACCCAGAACGCUGUCGGCGUUAUCCUCCAGAAGCAGGUCGGUAACCGAUACAUGGAGAAGCGCAUCAACGUCCGUAUCGAGCACGUCAAGCACUCCCGGUCCCGAGAGGACUUCAUCAAGCGCGUCAAGGCGAACGCCGAGAAGAGGAAGCAGGCCAAGACCGAGGGCAUCCACAUCCACUUGAAGCGCCUCCCGGUCGCGCCCCGCGAGUCCCGGACCAUCAGCUUCAAGGACAACAAGCCUGAGAGCAUCACACCCAUCCCUUACGAGACCACUAUCUAAGCGUGGACGUGGUGGCUUUUGUGAGCGGCAUUAUGGGACACGGAUGGGUCACGGCGUGGUUAUGACGGUUCUCAAUUAUAUCUUCUCUGGUCUGCAGUUGCUCUAGCAUAUGGAAGCGGCGAGUCAAGGGACUCGUCUUGCAGAUAAAAUGACGUGCCAAUCUGGCGAAGGGAUACCCUCCAUGCC